AUGCCUAAGCGACCCUUUGGCUAUCGUUGCUCCGAUCUGCUUUUUCCGAGCUUCAAAUCUUUGUUUAAUCCACCGAGGCUUAUUCUGGCCAGUAAUAGAAUUGUCUUGUGUCACAAAAUUUGGUGCCACCGACUUUUCAUGAUAUUUCAUAGACACUGGUCGAGCAUUCCAAUCGAUCGAUUGCAUCGAUCGCAAGCGUUUCUGUUCGAUUAUUCGAAGCUUUGCAUUUUCUCGAUCUGGCAUAGCCAAAUAUUUGCGUACCUAACUGCUUGUCGGUCUACGCGGUAG